AUGGGUGGGGCUGGAGCAGAGACCUCCACAUCUGAGUGGUUAAAGGGAAGGCAGAGUUCCAAGAAAAAGGCGGGGCUUGUGGCAUGGGGGGCACGCCGGGCUCGGGGAAGACGCCAAGAUGGCGGCAAGUCACUACUUCGGCUUCGCGCAGGGCAGCGACCUGCAGUACAGCGCCCAGACUCCAACUCUUCCCGUGCUCACCACGGGGGCCAGCUAUACUGCACAGCCCACUCCUGGGAUGGACCCCGCCGCAAACCCGGCCUUUCCCCCAGCUGCCCCAGCAGGGUACGGUGGAUACCAGCCCCACUCCAGCCAGGAGUUCACCUACGGCAGCCGACCCCAGGAGCCCGUCCCCACGACCACCACCAUGGCUACCUACCAGGGACCCAAGAGGCCUGCAGGCAGCCCAGCCCUCAUGGCGGUCACAGCUGCGCUCAGCCCCCACAACAGGCGCCCAGAGUGGAGGCCGGACAGCCAGCCAGCGCCCUGUCCUCGGGAUACACCUACUCCACGGCGACAGGCGUCCAGCCCGAGUCCUCCGUGUCCAUCGUGACCUCCUACCCCGCGCCCUCCUACGAUCCCACCUGCACCGCCUACACGGCACCAAGCUACCCGAGCUAUGACGCCUCAGUGUACUCCGCCGCCAGCCCUUUCUAUCCUCCAGCGCAGCCCCCGCCUCCCCCGGGACCCCUGCAGCAGCUGCCCCCGCUGCCCACGCCCGCAGGCUCAGGAAGCAGCCCCAGGGCCGACUCGAAGCCGCGGCUUCCCAGCAAACUGCCCAGACCCAAGGCCGGGCCCAGGCAGCUCCAGCUUCACUACUGCGACAUCUGCAAGAUCAGCUGCGCGGGCCCCCAGACCUACCGGGAACAUCUGGGAGGGCAGAAGCACAGAAAGAAGGAGGCGGCCCAGAAGACAGGCGUGCAGCCCAACGGGAGCCCACGCGGGGUGCAGGCGCAGCUACAUUGUGACCUGUGCGCCGUGUCCUGCACUGGGGCAGACGCCUACACGGCCCACAUCCGGGGAGCCAAGCACCAGAAGGUCUUCAAGCUGCACACCAAACUGGGGAAGCCCAUUCCCACCCUGGAGCCUGCACCGGCCGCAGAGAGCACCCCCGGGGUGGAGGUCAAGCCCGCAUCUGCCACUGGCCCCAGCGUGUGUGCCCCGAGCAGGCCAGCACUGACCAAGAGACCCGUGGCCUUGAAGGCCUCAUGCCAGGGGCCUCCUGAGCUGCAGAUAGCAGGCUGCCGACCCCAGAGGGGGAGACCAGCCCAACCCAAAUCAGAGGGUCCUGGAGCACCCGCCCAAGGAGGCUCGGAGGAAGCUCCCCUGGGCUGCUCUGAUGCGCAGCCGGUGGGCCCAGAAUAUGUGGAGGAGGUGUGCAGCGAGGAAGGGCGAGUGCUUCGCUUCCAGUGUAAGCUGUGCGAGUGCAGUUUCAACGACCUUAACGCCAAGGACCUGCACGUGAGGGGACGGCGGCACCGGCUGCAGUACCGGAAAAAAGUGAACCCAGACCUUCCCAUUGCCACGGAGCCCAGCAGCCGGGCUCGGAAGCUCCUGGAGGAGCGGAUGAGGAAGCAGCGGCACCUGGCGGAGGAGCGGCUGGAACAACUGCGGCGCUGGCACGUGGAGAGGAGGCGGCUGGAGGAGGAGCCUUCCCAGGACGUGCCGCCCCAUGCACCAUCCGACUGGGCCCACUCUCUGCUCAUGGGCAGGCCGGAGCCCCCCACCAGUGCCCAACUCCAGCCCCGGCGGCGGCCGGCAUCCAGCGACGACCGGCACGUCAUGUGCAAGCACGCCACCAUCUACCCCACGGAGCAGGAGCUCCUCGCCGUGCAGAGGGUCGUGUCCCACGCGGAGCGGGCCCUCAAGCUGGUGUCUGACACGCUGGCCGAGGAGGACCAGGGCGGCGGACAGGAAGAGGGCGGCAAGCGCAGCAGCGUUGCCCCCCCGGCUCGGGUCCUGAAAGGUGUCAUGCGGGUGGGCAUCCUGGCGAAGGGCCUCCUCCUGCGCGGGGACAGGAACGUGCGCCUCACUCUGCUCUGUUCCAAGAAGCCCACGCACAGCCUGCUGCGGAGGAUCGCCCAGCAGCUGCCCCGGCAGCUCCAGAUGGUGACCGAAGAUGAGUAUGAGGUCUCCUCUGACCCUGAAGCCAACAUUGUCAUCUCCUCCUGCGAGGAGCCCAGGAUGCAGGUCACCAUAUCCGUCACCUCACCCCUGAUGCGAGAGGACCCCUCCACAGACCCAGAAGGCGUGGAGAAGCCUCAGGCUGACCCAGGUGAUGUCCUGAGCUCCGAGAAGUGCCUCGAGUCCCUGGCCGCCCUCCGUCAUGCCCGGUGGUUUCAGGCUCGAGCCAGCAGCCUGCAGCCAUGCGUGAUCGUCAUCAGGGUCCUGAGGGACCUCUGCCGGCGUGUGCCCACCUGGGCAGCCCUGCCAGCCUGGGGGAAACGUCUUCUCCACUCCUGGGAGGAGGUCACAGCAGCCAGCUCCGUGCUGGGUGACCAGCGUGCGGCUGUCCCGACGUGGAGAAAACCUGUGUUCCCUGAGACCUGUUUUCCGGCUGUGGCUGAAGAGGCGGCCACACAGUGCCGUGGAGGCCAGCAUUGCCCCAUCCCCUCCUGCCCUCGGGAGCUGGCCACACGGGGACGUGGUGGGGCCAUGGAGCUGCUGGUGGAGAAGGCUGUGAGCAGUGCGGCGGGGCCCCUGGGCCCUGGGGACGCGGUCAGGCGAGUCCUGGAGUGCGUGGCCACCGGGACGCUCCUGACAGAUGGGCCCGGACUCCAGGAUCCCUGCGAGAGAGACCAGACAGACGCCCUCGAGCCCAUGACCCUCCAAGAGCGGGAAGACGUGACCGCCAGCGCCCAGCACGCCCUGAGAAUGCUGGCCUUCCGGCAGACCCACAAGGUCCUGGGCAUGGAUCUCCUGCCACCCAGACACCGGCUUGGGGCCCGCUUCCGGAAGAGGCAGCGGGGACCUGGCGAGGCCGAGGAGGGCCCAGGGGAGAAGAAGCGGGGCCAGCGGGAUGGAGAGGGGCUCGUGUGAGCCACCUGCCUUCCCAGCCUGCGGGCCUUCGCAUCCCUGCACUCCUGGACGUGUGCCCACUGACCAAUGGCAGCAUCAUCCCUGACGUUGGACGACGGUCAUUUCCUUUUGAGUAACGCUCUGUAGGUUUCUUUUAAAACACUUGUGCUUCAGGCCGGGCACCAUGGCUCAUGCCUUUAAUCCCAGCACUUCGGGAGGCUGAGUUGCUUGAGCCUGAGAGUUCAAG